AUGAGUACUGAAAAACUGGAAACUUCUGAAGAGCCACAAGCUCCUUUGGCCAAUACUUCUGAGACUAAUUUAGUAAAGGAAGACUCCGAGAAUGUUGUCACUGUAUUUGACCUCGCAAGUGAAAUAGAAAAAUCAUUGAAGGACGUACAAAGGCAAAUGAAAGAAAAUGAUGACGAGUUUUCACGAAGUAUACAGGCAAUUGAAGAAAGACUUAACAGAUUGAGUCAGUGA